AUGCAUCCCGUCACAAUUCUCAUCGUUGCAGUUGCAAUCUUCGGCGUUGCCAUCUACGCCAUCACCGACGCAAUUACUCGUCGCAAUGCCAAAUUCAAUGUUCAAGGAAUGCCAGGACCUUGGAUGAUCCCCUGGGUCGGCCGAGUCCACGAUCUCCCAAUCAACUUCAUGUGGCUGAAAUUCAAGGACUGGGCCGACGAAUACGGACCCAUCUAUCGCACAAAGAUGCUCGGUGCGAACUUCGUUAUCGUCUCAGAUGAGAAAAUGGCCGAGGAGUUGCUGGUCAAGCGAGCGAAGGUAUAUUCGGAUCGGCCAGUGAUCCGGUCGUUGUUUGAUUCGAAGAGCACGCAUGGUUCGAUGGAGUACCUGCCAUUGAUGGGUAGAAAUGAAUACUGGUCCCGUCAACGAAAGUUCACCCACGCCUACCUCACCGAAGCCAGCAACGCACAUUAUCACGGCUUGAUGGACUUCGAAGUGAAGCGGUGGCUUUACAAUCUCUUGAAAGAACCCGACAACUUCUCUUUCUCCCUCGAAGACAUGGCGUCCAAGGUCAUGUGCCAGCUUACAUGGGACGACCCUAGUUUGAGCGCUUACUGCACGAAGAGCGCAUGGGGGCUGCUCACUCAGAUGUCUCCCGCUGGUCCAAUCACCAACGUGCUGACGCCAUUGUGGCAUCUUCCAACAUUCAUGAACCCUUGGAAAAUCGCUGAGCGCAAGCGACACGACGAACAACAGGAGUGGUGGAUGACGCGACUCCGGGAAACGAAACAGAAGAUGGCAGAGGGGAAGCAGCGUCCGUGCUUCACGCGACAGUAUCUCGAGGCUGCAAGCAUUGGCCGUACGAGCAACAUCUCUAGCGAAUACGAAGCGUCGUCGGUCAUCGGAAUGAUGGCGCUCGUGGGAAUCUUUACUGUGGCAGGCCCGCUGUACUACUUCCUGGUGUGUAUGGUCCAUCAUCCGCAGUGGCUAGAGAAAUGCCAGAGGGAGAUUGAGCAGGCUUGUGGCGAACGUAUGCCUACGCUGAACGACUCCCCGAAUCUGCCGACGCUGCGGGCGUGUAUCAAGGAGGCUAUGCGUUGGAAGCCGAAUGUCCCUACAGGUGUCGCCCACGAAGUCGAAAUCGAUGACAUGUACAACGGCAUGUUCAUCCCCAAGGGCACCCGGAUCCUCCCUCUCGACUUUGCUUUUCUACGCAAUCCCGUUAAGUACCCAGAUCCGGACAGUUUCCGUCCCGAGCGCUGGCUUGAAGCUCCUUGGCCUACCUUCCAAGUUCCCCUAACAAAGUUCCCUAACCUCAAGGGUAUGACGUCCUUUGGGUGGGGUCAGAGACAGUGCCUUGGCAUGUCCAUUACGCAAGACGAGAUGCUACUCGCUGCCGGCGGACUUGCUUGGGCUUUCAAUCUCAAGCGCAAGAUAGACCCGGAGACCGGGGAAGAGAUUGAGGUUCCACUCGACAAGUCGAAUUCACUCCUUAUCGUCAAGCCAGAUCCGUUUGAAAUGGCGUUCGAGAUCCGGAGUGAGCGGAAGAGGAUGGAAGUCGUGAACCAGUGGAAGAUUGCAGAGGCCGUAGACAUCAAGGCUCGCGCCGACUUCUUGAAGCAGGCGGAGCAAGCGGAUAAGCGUAAUGUCGGAAUUGGGGAUGAAGUAAUGUAG